AUGCUGAGUUACUUGAAAUUGGGAUGGGAAAUUCUGCUCCACGCUUCCUUCUUCCACCCUUACUCCCACCUUCAUACUCAACACUACCCAACUUCCGCCGCCGCCGCCGCCGCUCACCACCGUCCCCGCGGCGGGGCCACCGCCGAUGAGGACGUCGAAUGCGCGGUGUGCUUGUCCAAGAUCGAAGAGGGGGACGCGGUUCCGGAGCUGACGUGUCGCCAUGCGUUCCAUCAAGUUUGUCUUGACCGAUGGUCAAACUACUCAAUCCUCACCCGCCGCCGCCAUCCCGCGUGUCCGCUCUGCCGCCGUUCAUUGACCGGCGCGCCGGAAGAAGUGGUCGUCGUCUUCGAUUUUGCUCGGUUCGUUUGCUCCGAUGAUGCCCGCCACACGUGGUGGCUCCGCUAA